AUGGAUCAGCCGCUUCUGGUCCUUAGUUCGCUGGGCCAGUUCUGCGGAUUGUUUGCGGGCUGCUCGGGCUGCAGCUGUUUGCGCCAGAAAGAACGUCUGGAUCUGCUGCUCCCCUGCGCUCCGGGCGCCGGGGCGGUGUUGGAGGUGGCGGACACGCUGGGAGUGCACCCGGAGUCCCUGAGGGCAAUCAGGCGACCCCCCUCCGUCCCCGGAGUCCAGUCGUACCAAGUAACGCUGUCUCAGGACGGUUGCGUCAACGACCCUGCCGUACACCCCCGGCAGCGAUGCUGGCCGCAUCGCGGCCUGUACAACGAUGUUGCCAUGCCGGGCGCAGAUCCCAAUGGCUACAAUGGCGUCAAACUGACGGGCUACAUCAUACACAUGCUGCAACUCUCUAGCUCUCGGGCUCAUCGACCAGUAUCGAUCCCUAGCGUGCGGAUGAAGGAAGCCGGGAAGAAGGUCGUUUACCUCUGUGAUGUGUUGCUCACGGAGGCGUGUGUGGAGAACCUGACGGCAUUGGGUUGCGCCACGAGGACGUACGGCACACUCGACCCCCCCUGGACACCGCUGACGUUGGCACAGGGCGGAGGGCACCCGCCACUGCCGUACCGAGGAGCUCCCAGGGAUAUCGUCAUGCAUACUGAUGACGUGGCGGAUGCUGGUACGGCAGGUGUUUCAGGGGGCCGCGAGGGAAGGCGGCUGAGCCCGGCGGCGAAGGGCGGCCUCGCGGGAGGUUUGGUGGCGGCGGCAUUGGCGGCGGUGGCGGCGGUGGUGCUGCUGCUGCGGCGACGAGGAAGGCCGCCAGCUGCAGCCCCCAACACCCCACUCCCCUCCUCCGUCCCCCCACAAAACCCCUCCUCCUCCUCCUUCAACGCCCCGUGGUGGUGGUGCCGUGUACGACAUCUCAUGAGGGCGCCUCCGGGCAACCCGUGCUGGGUCAACACAGCGACGACUGCCGCUGCCGGGGGCGAUACUACCGAAGCUAAAUUGAAGGUGCCUUCCUCGACGCCCAACUCCGCCCCGUGCUCGGCCUCCUCCCACAAUGAGGGGGACGGGGGUGACAGCAAUGACGCUGCCGCCAAGGCCACUUCGCAAAAAAGUAAAUCAACGUUGAAGGCGAUGCUGUCAGUUCUUGGCAGCGACUGCGGAGCCUCGGUCUUAUCCAGACCAUCCAGGUUCGAAUCCUUCCCCCGACAUCGGCGCUCGACCAGCGAAGUGGUGGAGCCGUCUGAUGCGGCAUCCCCCGAGGCUGCAGCCGCUGACAGUGCUACAGCCGCGGGAAUUGUAGCUGCUGGCAGUGCAGGAGCAGCGGGGGGGCCCGGGGUAAUAGCUGUAGCAGCCGUAGCAGUAGCAGCAGUAGGGGUGGUUGGCGGGUAUGGACGCUGUAGCGCGCCUGCGGGGAUUCGUCAUCCCUCGAGUGAGGCCGCGGGCGGCGGCGGCGGCGGCGGCGGCGGCGGCGGUGAUGGAGAUGGUGGCAAGGGCGGGGGAGGGAGGGGGGGAUGCGGCUGGGGAGGGACUGCUGCGGCGGUAAAUACGGCGGAUGGCAUCCGCAAUCUGCCGGGCAAUGUGCCGGUGCCCUCAACCUCCGACGGCGAGCGGCGGCGGCCUCGGGAAGCAGGAGGAGGUGCGGACGGCGAUGCGGAGUCCGCUGCGGCUGCGCAGUCGCCGUCUCCCCCCCGCGGGGCUCCUUCGUCAGUCGCGGCGGGGGUGGUGGUGACGCCCCGCACCCCCCACCGCCCCGACAUCAACCUCAAGCUCCGUUUUGUCAGGCCUCAACAAACCCCAUCACAAGAACAAGACCAACAACACCAGCAACUGAAGCCGGGCGACACGAACACCCCCAGCCCCCCCAACCCCCCCAACCCCCCCAACCCCCACUCCCACACCAAACAACUAGAACCCCAAUCCCCCCGGGUCGGGGGUGAGGUGCGGGACUCGGAACAGGGUCAGACAGAGACCCCUCUCGCCGACGGCGCUGCAGUACGGCACCUCCACAAUGCCCCCUCGACCUCCCCCUCGGCCUCCCCCUCGGCCUCCACGACUGCCCGCGAAGAGGAGCUCGUCCUGCUUCCCGUCCUCCGCGGCAAGGGCUCCUUCGGGCGGGUGGUGGAGGGGCGAUACCGGGGGGGCCUGGUGGCUGUGAAGCUGCUGACGGGUGCGGGUAUGGUCCCGGGACCCCCCCCGGGGGGCGGCGGCGACCACCGCCUCCUGCGCAGCUUCACACACGAGGUGGAGGUGCUGGCGAGGUGCGACCACCGUAAUGUGGUACGGCUGCUGGCGGCGUGUUGCUGUCCCCCGCCGCGUCUGUGUUUGGUUAUGGAGCUGAUGGACACCUCCCUGGAGUGUAUGAUUCGGGAGGCGCCGGGCCGGUUGCUGCCCAUGAGCGCGGUAUUGGAUAUUGCAGUGGACAUUGCCCGCGGCCUGGAAUACCUACAUCCCACCAUAGUGCACCGGGACCUCAAGCCCGCCAACGUGCUGGUCAACGACCCUCUGGGCCCGAACCAGGUCGCCAAACUGUCGGACUUCGGUCUGGCGCGUCUGAGCUGUUCGGAGCUCCGUACGCGGCACCCGGAGGCGGGCACGCCUGCGUACAUGGCCCCCGAGUGCUUUGACGUCACCGUGUCGGCCAUCACGUGCCGAGUGGACAUCUACGCGUUAGGUAAGUUUGACUUUUUACUGAUCGGCGGUUGGCGGUUAGCGGGCCUCAACUUCAUGCGCCUUGCCCUCAAGGUCACCUACGGCCAGGAGCGGCCCCCCCUGUCCGCCACACCGCCCGGCCGCCGCGUCCCCAAGCUGCUGCGCCUCGUGCAGCGCUGCUGGGAUCAGGACCCGCGCAGGAGACCGGCGGCGGCGGAGGUGGCCAAGGAGCUGGCGCUUGUACGGGAGAUGGUACGACAGCAACAGCAGCAGGAACAGGUGCCGGUGCCGGUGGUGGAGGUUUGUGUUGGGGGGGGGGAGAGGUGCAUUGCGCCACCACGGGCACCAGGAGGGCCGAUACUGGUGGGUUCCGUUGCUGGGAUUCUGCAGAAUCCAAACGUCGUGGGGUCGGGCUACAUUCAGUUCCCGCCACAGCGGCCCUUUGAGAAGCCUGUGGUCUUCCAGCCACCGACGGUUGCGGCGGUGCAGCCCCCUCCGGCAUACAGCGCUCGCCCGCAGGGUCCACCGCCGCAGCAGUACAGGCCGCCGCAGCAGAGCCACUACAACCAGCAACCUGCGAGGCCCCCCGCUCCACAGGUGCCGCCGCCGCAGCGGGCGCCCCAGGGGCCCCCUCCACCCCGGCCGGCUGCGCCGCCGCCGCAGUAUACGCCCCGGCCAGCUGCGCCCCCGCCGCAGCCGCAGCCGGCUGCACGUCCCCCGGCACCGCAGCCCCAGUUGCAGCGGCCCGUCUCUGCCGCGCCGAGGCCGACUUCCGCGGCCUUGCAGCACCCCUCGCCACGGCCCGGUGUCCACGUUCCGGCCCCGCACCACCCUGCUCCGGCCCAUCCCCCCUCUCACGGGGCCGCCGCGGCGGCGUCCUCUGCUGCAGCUGCUCACGCACACCACCAAGCAGCUCAGAAGAUUCAGGCAGCUGCGAUCACCCAGGCGCACGCGCUGGCGCACAAGGUCCAGGCUGUGCAGUUGACGGAGAGCGACGACGAGGGUGAUGAGGGCAAGGGCGGUCUCAGCAAGUCGCAGAAGAAGCGCCUGCGCAAGAAGCUGCGGGAUGCCACGGCCGCAAAGUGA